AUGAGCGAUAUUCUCCGCGCACGAGAAGACUUGCGUCUUGGUCGAUUCGAAAGUGCAGCAUACAACGCUGAGCGUUUGCUUGCAGGUGAACCAGAAAACCCCGCUGCAGUAGAGGUGCUCGCGCAGGCGCUGCUUUCAGCGGGUGAGGCGCGGCGUGCGCUACACCGACUCGAGCGCUAUCGGACAAGGCUGCCUUUGGAAGAGACUGUUUUUAUUCGCUUGAUCGAAGCUCGAUGUCUGGCGGAACUGAGGCUAUACGAGGACCAGGUCGCGAUUUUCGAGGAGCGUGGCCUCCCAUCCACGACAGGAGAGCGCGACGCUGCACGCGGGAACGCGAAUCCGCUCAUCGCCGCCUAUUACGUUCUCGUGGGCGAUGCGUAUGAAGCCCUGGAGAACCCUCAAAAAGCAAGCGAAUGCUAUAUUGCAGCACUGCAGGCUGACGAAAGCUGUGUGGAAGCGCUUGAACGACUCUUCUAUAGCAACGCGGUGGUAGCGUCAGUGCCGCUGGGCGCUUUACCCCCGAGCACGUCGUCCGGUGCUCAGCACAAGGCACUCUCUGUUGACCAGAUCGCACUCCAGGCGCUAUGGCCAUUCGAAACACCGUUUCCCAAGGAUAGUUCCCCUUCGAAGGUAUAUCUCAUGCUUGCGAACGAUCUUCGGUUCGAUGACUGGCGGAAACGUUGGUCCCUGGUACCUUGCUUCUUCUUGACCAUGGUCGCUACCCGGUUCUGGCGCCUCGGUUUCUGCCAAGAAGCGUACAGACUGGUCUCAUUUUUGGUCGCUGAACGAAAGGAACUGGAACUGAAGCGGAGCUUUCCCUUGUUUGUUGCGCUGCUGGCUCACCACCAGGACCUUAUCACCCUCUUCCGGUACGCGCAUCAGCUCGUGCAGGAAUUUCCGCGAGCGGCAGAGUCCUGGUACGCUGUUGGCAUGUACUACUUCGCAUCGGGGAAAUAUGAUGCAUCACGCGCGUACUUUCAAAAGGCGACGCUCUUAAACAGCAAUCUUGCAUACGUAUGGGUUGCGUAUGGCCACGCCUUUGCCGCUGUUGACGACAGCGAACAGGCGCUUGCGGCAUAUCGGACUGCAAUGCGUCUCCGACCGAAUGACCCGACACCGCUGCUUCAUGUCGGGAUGGAGUUUGCUCGGCAGAAUCAUCUGGCAAUUGCGCGCAACUUUUUUGAACGGGCAGCAGCAGCAGCAGCAGUAGUAGUAGCGCCUGUAUUGACCUCGAGUGCCGACUCGGACGCAGACGAGGACGCACUGGCAAACGGCAUCGAGCGUUCCCGCCCGUGGAAUGAACUCGGUGUGCUAUGCUAUCGGGACGGGGAGUACGCCGAGGCAGUCGCUUAUUUUCAAAAGGCAGCACGUCCACUCCAAGCGUACAAGAAAGCAUGGUCGAUGCGCCUAGGCCUAGACCAAAGAUAUCGCAUCUCCGAUGGUGGUGGAGGGUUUGCUCCAGAGAAACAGGCUGAAGCGGCUGUCCAACGACCUGUGCUACAACAGAGCGGCAUCGAGAACAGCCAAAGCACAAGCUCGGAUACCAACGCUCCCUCGGCAACAUCCGUCUGGUGCGAUCCCACGAGCACGUUUUAUGGCUGCCAAGAAGCGCGUAGUCUGCUGGCAACCAUUUGCAGUAAUCUUGGACAUGCGCUCAUUCGACUGCAGGCGAUAGACCUAGCUGCCGAAGCGCUCGAAGAAGCGCUACUGGUCGGACACGCUGUUCGACUUGCCCCGGGCUGCGCUGGGUCCGAUGCGCUGGCACGGGCGGAUACCUUGUCAGCGCUUGGCUAUGUGGAACAUGUGCGGGGCAGCGUGCAGAGAGCUGCUCAGCUCUAUCACGAGGCUGCCCGGGAACUUGCGCUUGCCGGUAUCAACGGGAGCACGCUGCUUCUGGACGCGCUCCUUGAACGCGCUGUAGAUGAGCUGGCUAUGCAGUCGAUCAGCGAAAUAGCCACCACGGAAUGA